AUGGACAACUGUGAUUUGGAGAAGCUCUCUGUUUCUGCUGGGAAGCUCCAUCCAGACUUCACACCACAAGUCACAGACUACCAAGUGACAGUGGAGAGCGAUGUCAGCCAAGUGACUCUGGACCUGACUACUAGUGACUGUGGAGCCUCAUACAGCAUUCUCUUUGGUGACCGUUCCAGCACCAUUCACCUGAAGGAUGGCUUGAACAGAGUAGAAAUCGAGGUGGCAGCCGAGGAUGGCACCUUGAAGAAAUACAGCGUGGAAAUCACCAAGCUGUCAGCGAAGAUCGCAGAGCUCAGCGAUCUGGUUUUGGAGGGAGAUAUUCCACUUGAACCUGCAUUUUGUACCAAAGUCUAUGAAUACAAUAGUAUUGUUCCCUUUUACUGUAAAUCCGUCACACUGCUUCCCAAAGUGCCAGACAGAAACAUAAAAUGCACGGUGAACGGGCUGAGCAGCUCACAACCAGUCGACCUGAACGCUGGAGACACUGUGGUGGAGAUUUCAGUGUGCUCAGCAGAUGGCAGUGUUUCACAGGCGUACAAAGUGUUGGUGACUCGGGAACUUGUUCCGAUGCCGGUGACCUUCACUGAUGGGAAGCAGCAGCUGGACUACGAAUGUCCAGUUUCCCUGAGUGCGUUUUACAGGCCUGUGUCUAUCAAGCACAGCGAUCCAAAGAGCAUCUUCUCAAGGCCUUACAUUGAGAUGCUGGCACGGAGAUCAAAAGUCGACCCACUUAGCGAUUGUCCCCUGGGAGACGGCUGGAAGGUCGCUGAACUGGAACUCGACAGGAGGAUGUCAGCCUCCCUGGUCAAGUGUUCCUUUUUUUACCGAGGAUGUGACAGUGUGAUCAAACUGUCCGAGCUGGGGUCACACUCUCUGGACUGUCCACACAAGCCCACAGGGGACCUGGAUGCAAAGGAUGUCACUGAGACAGAGUGGUACAAGAAGCACUUUGAAUCGUCCGGGUGUUUGGAGAUAGAGACUAAACACACUUGCGAGAUGCGCAGCUGGGAGAAGAGACUACAAAUGACCACCGGAGACGACGAUGUGGAUAAACUGUGUGCUCUGGCCCAGGAGCACCUGAAGCUCUACAGGCAAAACCUGCCAAAACCAGGGGACCUGUUGCGAUACGAAGACGGUCAGUCUCCUCUGCAUAGCCUGGAGCAGGCUGCUGUCUGCUAUGCGUCAGCUAUCAGACUCGGCUCCAGAGAUGCCAGGCUGCACUUUCUGCUGGGCCUGGUUCUGGAGGAGCAGCACCACGCUACGGGGAUGUACGGCCUUCAGAGGAAGGCUGACAGGGACAAAGGUGAAGUAAGCGAUGCCAAAUCUGCAGCGCAUCAGGAUGACAUCCUGGCUGUGUGUAAACUGCACGGUUUCCUCGGCACACCCACUGUGGAGAACCAGCUGCAGGCCUUGGAUAAGGAGUAUCAGCAGCUCAAAGAGCAGGGCCAGUCGAACAAAGCAGACUAUGUUCAGACCCUUUAUAUCUGGCUCUCCAGGAAAACUGGCAAGGACAGCAAUGCAGCGCUGCAGGACGAGGGGAGCAGCGUCCACCGAGCCCUCAUGAAGUACCUGGAUGCCUGGUGUCUGAGUCCAGACAGCUGGGAGUACAACCUCCACGCAGGAAGGCUGCUGCUGCUGCAGGGAAGGAGCAGGGAGGCCCUGCAGCACCUUCAGAGUGGCCUGGCGUUGCGUCCCCUACAUCCUGCUCUCAGGUUCUUCACGGGGCUGGCUCUGCUGCAUCAGGAGCAGAAAGCGUCUGAGGACACCGAGAAGGAGGCUGCUCUGUUCUUACAACAGGGACUGGAGCACUUUGUCAGCCAGCGCUGCAGCAAGAGCUGGGUGGAUCAGGAUCCGUCAGACCCCCUGUCCGGCCUCAGUACACAUUUCCUGCGAGGCCUCCUCACUCUGGGUCAGCUGCAGCAGAGAAACACGCUGUCUGGAAAAGCCGUGAGCGCCGAGCUGGUUUAUCACAUCGUAGCGGUGCUGACUGCCCAGAGUGUGAGUCAGUGUGUGUGUCGUGGCGAGGCGAGCAGGCAGCUGGAGUGGGUGCUGCUGGAUGCUCACUUUGCCCUGCUGCAGAGGCUGAUCCAGCAGAGCCAGGCUAAGACUGGCACCGAGAGGCCCUCCCUGGUGGCCAAGAGAUGCCAGGCCCUCGCCGCUCUCAUACGUCUCACCUCCAUCGCCCCUUGUCAGGAGCUGCUGGACAUGCAGGAGCGGACAUGCCAGCUAGCAGUGGUGACCACGCCGCGGGACAGCCACACCCUCUGUCUGCUGGGUCUGGCCCAGCUGACUCAGUAUGACAACAACCCAAAUUCAGAGAGGUCAAAGGAAGCAAUAAGAGAUGCCUGCCUCAGCUUCCAGGCCAGCGUUGAACUGGAACUCAAGACUCAGUCGGGGGAGCCACCUGAACAGCUGAGCAAGCAGAAGUGGUGGCAGGACCGCCUGCAGGCUGAAAACAAGAAAGCUCCCAAGCAGUCCGCCGCCCAACCAGCAGCAGCAGCAGCAGCAGCAGCGAAGGGUCCUUGUGACACCGGUGUGGCAAAAAGAGGAGCCAAGCAGGGCAGAGGAGGGCCGAGCCAAGGGCGAGUAGCUGUAACCAAAGCUCCUCCAGCUCCUGUCAGGGGGGCCAAGGCUGCCCGGCCUCCAGCCAGAGCUCCUGCAGCCAGGGGGAGAGCUGGAGCAGCUGCCAAGCCGGAUAGAUCAGCUAAACCCUCCAACAGCAGCACCAAAGCCCAGCUCCCCGCCAACAAGUCUAAACAGGAGCGUCGUCCUGAUGGUGUUGAGAAGGCAGAGGUUGUUGUUUCAGAGGCAGACCGAGUCGGCGUGUCCAGCCCAGUGAACCGCAGGUCUCAUGUGCCAAGGCUGGGUCUGGCUCGAGCCCUCUCACGCUCCGCGGACACCCAGGAUCAGGCGAAACAGCUCUACCGGGAGGUCAUCGCCAUGGCACCAGGGGUCCACGACGUCUACAUCGAGCUUGUGCAGCUGCUGGAGCCUGCCGACCCUCGGGCUGCGGUGGACGUGUACUGCAGAUUCCCUCUGAAGCCCGUGGCCGAGCAGAGCUUCGACGACGCCUUCAUCACGGGAGAGACCGUUCGCCUGCUGAUGUCGCAGGAGCAGUACGACCACCCACAGCUGGGCUCCUGCCUCGUAGCACACGGCAAAGUCAUGGGCCUCAGUUGCAUAGAGAAAUACAUCGACAUUCUGGAUGCAAAGUCCAUGACCAGGCUGCUGAAGAGCAUCUACGCGAGGAUCCACGACCGACAGGAGGACGACGAGGAACUACAGGACUUCUUCAAGUUCAAAUGCUGGAUAUGAAGUUUGUAACCUGAUCUCAUCUUU